UAUAUAAUGUCAGUACAUAUGUAACCGUCGCGGGAAGUAAACGUGCGAUAAAUUAUGUGUAAUUUUCGUAUUUUGUUUUACAUUUGAUUAGCCUGGAAUGGAAUCUGUGGUGUUUUGAAUUGCAUCUGUGAACUUUCUAGAAUAUUUUUUGUAAUACAAUAUUAAAAUGGCAGAUGAAAAAAGCGAUGCCAAGCCCUUCAUUAAAAAUGGAGUUAAAGCUACAAUUACGAAAACGCCAGAAAAGCCACCAAAGGAGAAACCAGGGAAAGAAGGAAGAGGGAAGGCUUUUAAGCAAAUAGUCGCGGCUUUGAUUGUGAACUUGGGAACUAUUAAUACCGGUAUGGCAUUUGGAUUUUCCGCGACGGCGCUGCCGCAACUGAAGAGUGGCAAUUCGACUAUGACGAUUACUGAAAGUGAGGCCAGUUGGAUUGCCAGUUUAAGUGCAGUGGGUACACCAAUAGGCUGUAUUCUAAGUGGUUAUUUGAUGGACAACAUAGGCAGACGACGGACUCUCAUAUUCACUGAAGUGCCUCUUAUAAUAGGAUGGAUCAUCAUAUCCUUCGCUCAGAAUGUUGUAAUGAUUUAUAUUGGUCGCUUGUUGGUGGGCCUCGGGUCUGGUAUGGUCGGCGCCCCAGCCAGGGUGUACACUUGCGAGGUAUCUCAGCCUCAUUUGAGAGGAAUGUUGGGAGCCAUGGCGUCUGUCGGCGUUUCUACUGGUGUUUUGAUACAGUACAUCAUAGGCAGUGCAACAUCAUGGAACAUCUUAGCUGGCGUGAGUGCUAUCGUACCUAUAAUAUCACUCCUGGGUAUGUUUGUUCUUCCGGAGACACCGAAUUACCUGCUAACUCAAGAUAAGACGGAAAAGGCUGAAAAGUCCCUUUCGAAGCUUCGAGGGUCCACAUGCAACCUAAAUGAUGAAAUACAGAAAAUGAUUUCGUUUAAAGAGAAAAAUCACGUUGAACCGUUGAAGUCAACUCGAGAAAUAGUAAAGGCGUUACUCGCGCCAUCGACUCUGAAGCCGUUUGGAAUAUUGGCGUUGUACUUUUUCAUCUACCAGUGGUGUGGUGUUAAUACCAUCACCUUCUAUGCCGUCGAAGUGUUUGAGGCAUCCGGUGCGACGUUAGACAAGUAUUCCUUAACGAUAUCGAUGGGAGUGCUUCGAGUAAUCUUCACCGUCGUAGGAUGUAUUUUGUGUAGACGAUGCGGAAGGCGACCUCUUACAUUUGUAUCCUCUCUCGGGUGCGGUACUGCAAUGGUGGUACUAUCAGUGUACCUGUAUUACGUGCAGUACUGGAAGGACAAUAAUCUGCCACCACAAUAUUCAUGGAUCCCAGUGGCCAGUAUAUACCUUUUCAUGAUAUUCUGUACCCUGGGAUUCCUCAUCGUACCCUGGAUUAUGAUUGGCGAGGUCUAUCCUACGCAGGUUCGUGGCAUAGUCGGUGGUUUGACGACGUGUGUGGCUCACAUGUCAAUAUUCACUGUGGUCAAAACAUUCCCCUUACUUAAGCACUCGCUUAAUGACUAUGGGACUUUUGGCCUGUAUGGAGCUUUAUCACUUGCCGGCACCGCUUUCUUCUAUGUAUUUUUACCAGAGACAAAAGGCAAAACACUGCAGGAAAUCGAGGAUUAUUUCUCUGGAAGAAUUAAGAGCUUAUCCGGGAAGAACACACAGACCGAAAUUGCGUAGUUGGACAGCAAUGUACAGAAUUAUUAAGACCACGAGUGAGUUAACAUUAAAUGUUUGAAUGAUUUCAGCGCCAUCUAGUGGUCAGAUUUGGAACUAUUUCUUGUGGGUAAAUAGUACUGAGUAAUGGUUAAAUUGUGAUUGUCGUACCAUUCAUAUUUACCAAAAUAUAAUGCUUCAUAUUCUUAUUCGUAUCGUAAGUCUGAAUCGCGUUUUGAGUGCUGUCAAAUAUGCCAAAAAAAAACGGUUUAAGAUCUCUCGAAAUAAGAUUUGAUUGAAUUUGAAAUUAAAUUUUGAUUGACAUUCUAGCAUAUGGAUUAUUAAGAUAUUUACAAAAUAUUGAACAUAGUCACAGAAAAGUAUCUGCUCCAUGCCCAUGGAUUUCUGAACAUGAAUUUUGCAUAAAUGUUGUAAUUUGAUAAACAUUUGGUCAAAUUACAAUAUAUAAAACAGAUUUUUUCAUAUGUUAAUAUAAUAUAAUUAUGUGCCUUAUUAAUACAUGUUUUAUAAAAUUAAAUACUUUUAAUAAUUUAAAUUAUUUAUUCUGAAAUUAUGCAUGCGAUUUCUACUAAACUGUGAUAACAUUAUAUUACCUAUCUUAUUUUAGACAGACAUAUAUACCAUAGUGCCUAGUGCCGAUUAGGAAAACGACGUCGGAAAAUACGUCAAAUAUAGAUAAAAUAAUUUUUGCGUAAUUUUUUUUAGGCCUGACAAAAAAGUAUUUAAUCUCCGCGCAGUGCCUAUUAAUACUGGCCACUAAAAAAAGUAAUGGGUUUAUUUUAAUAAUUGUAUUUUCAUCGUAGGUGUAGUUUAUGUAUCACACGGAAAGAAGUACAAUUUCAUUCGGAAUCGGUCACCUUUACUUGAUGAACUAUUUAUAUCAAUUAAUAUUACACAGUUUUAACUAUUAAAAGCUUGUAUUGUUGUCUAAUUAGGUUUACUCUGUGUUAAAAAGAGAUGCAUAUGGUAUACAGUAUAGUUAAUUCCUACGAUUGUGCCUUAUACAAAAUACGUCCAGGAUAAUAAACUUAUUAAUAACGAAACGAAAUUUUUCAUAAAAUCGGUAGUAGAGUUGUCGAUAUUUUUUAAUGCGUAUUAAUUUGCUUUUGAAAACGAAAACAAUAAAAAUACUUUAGGCAAAAAAACGUUUAUUUGAUUUGAUACAUAUAUAUAUAUAUAAAUAAAUACAAACACAAUCACUUUAAUUAAAAAUGGGGCUCAACUCAACUAUAAGUUGUCACAAGCAACACUGAUUUCAGUGGGCUCUUACUACCUUGGAGUAACAGCUAUAUAUACUGAACAAAACUAAAAUUUUAGCAAUUAAAAUAUUGUAUUAUUCCAAAUUCAAAAUCAUUUAUUCAUAUAGGUAAGACAAUUUACACUUAUGAACGUCAAAGAAAUAUAUAUUAAAAAGCUUCUA